GGAAGAACACAAAUCUAAUUCUAUAUACAGGGAGAAGAGAAGAAAUAGGGAUCUAGGGUUUUAGGAAGAGAAAGGGAAUGUCGGACGAAGAGGAGCGAUGGGUCCCAUUAAGGAACCGAGCGGAGUUCUCAGACGUGAUCCCGGUUGAGCAAGACGACGGCCCGAACCCGGUGGUUCCCAUAUCCUACAAGGAAGAGUUCCGAGAGACCAUGGACUACUUCCGUGCCCUCUACAAAGCCGACGAGCGUUCCCUUCGCGCCCUUCACCUCACCUCCAUCGCCAUCGAGUUCAACCCCGGCAACUACACCGUAUGGCACUUCAGGCGCCUAGUGCUUGAGGCGCUCGAUCGUGAUUUGCGGAGCGAACUUGCUCUUACCGAACAUAUUGCUGAGGGAAGCUCCAAGAAUUAUCAGCUGUGGCAUCAUAGGCGGUGGGUGGCUGAGAAAUUGGGGACUAGUGCUACGUCAGAGGAACUUAGAUUCACUAAGAAGAUACUUUCCAUUGAUGCUAAGCAUUAUCAUGCUUGGUCUCAUAGGCAGUGGGUUCUUCAAGCACUUGGCGGGUGGGAAGAGGAACUUGACUAUUGUAAUCAGCUUCUUGAAGAAGACAUUUUUAACAAUUCUGCUUGGAAUCAGAGAUAUUUUGUCAUUACAAGAUCUCCAUUCCUGGGAGGUCUGAAACCUAUGAGAGAGUCGGAAGUGUGUUAUACUAUCAAUGCCAUUGCUUCCCGCCCUGAGAAUGAAAGCUCAUGGAGGUAUCUUCGAGGGCUUUACAAGGAUGAUGAUUCCUCUUGGGUAAACAAUCCUCAAAUUUCUUCAGUAUGCUUGGAGAGUUUAAAAGCCAAAACCAACUGUGUGUUUGCUUUGAGCACACUUUUGGAUCUCAUCUCCCAUGGUUUCCAACCAAAUCAAGAGUUUACAGAUGCUGUGGAUGCUCUACGAACUUCAGAGUCCCAACCAAGAGAUAUUGAUGUAGCAAAAGCUGCUUGUGUUGUGCUGCAAAUUUUCGAUCCAUUACGAGCCAACUAUUGGAAGUGGUAUGAGAGCAGGCAUUUCCAAAAAGCUUAAGAGUUAGUGAGUGGAUCAUCUGACUUUUGCAUCAUAGAGAUGUGCUCAUGGACCUGGAGUUUUUCAUCAUUAUAUGUGAAGAAACUUCACCCCGUGUAAACAGUCACACAACUGACAUUUUAAUCUUGAAGAGUGGGAUUGCCAAACACGGUUGUAUGAAUACUAAAAUCUCAACUGUUUCUGUGCUACAAAUUAUGUUAUUUUUGAUAAAUUUUCGUAGAGUUGAUGUUUAUGUUUUGCUUGCUUAAGACAAUUUGAUGUCAUUGUAGAGGUGUUUUCAAGCUCCUGAGGUUGAAAAGGCAUGCUUUUUUAUGAAGAACACACUUCUUAUUUGUAUUGAAUGCCCCUCUAAGA